AUGACAAGAGUCGGAUUGGGAAAUGUAUGGAGAUUCCCAUAUCUGUGCUACAAGAAUGGAGGAGACAUAAUUUGUGUAAAUUAUUUUAACAUUUGUAACAACUAUUAUCAGGAGGUUGCUUGCGGUCAAUAUCUUGGAUCAGGUGGACUAACCAUGAUCGGUCAGCUGGUUCCAAUACUUCAAGGGGUUGGAUACGCUACAAUGACAAUUGUAUUCUGGCUAGAUAUCUACUACUGUAUUAUUAUUGCCUGGACACUGUUCUAUUUGAUCUCUACGAUGAUAAAUAUUCCGAACCUACCUUGGAAGGACUGCAGCAAUGAUUGGAACACUGAGUAUUGUAGUGAGGGUAUUGGUGGAGAAAACCAAACCAUAUCAGGAGACCAAACCAUAUUACCAAACCAAACCAAAUCUCCGGUUGAAGAAUAUUGGGAUCGGAGAGCGCUGAAUAUCACCAGCGGUAUAUCUGAGUUGGGAGGGAUGAAUUGGGACUUGAUGGGAACCCUGAUACUGGCCUGGGUCAUUGUCUACCUCAUCAUAUGGAAGGGUCUUCAUUCAUCCGGGAAGAUUAUAUGGUUUACAGCUCUCUUCCCCUAUUUCGUGAUGAUCACCCUGUUGUUUAAAGCAAUAACUUUACCCGGAGCCGGACAGGGACUACUAUUGUACAUAACCCCGGACUGGUCCAAACUCUGGACCUCUGAAUGCUGGAUUGACUCAGCCACUCAGAUUUUCUUCGCAUAUUCAAUAGGUACAGGAGCUUUGCCAGCUCUAGGUUCUUACAAUAAGUUCUAUCACAACUGUGUAAAGGAUACAGUGAUUACAUGCCUGGUAAACACUGGAACUUGUCUUCUCGCAGGAACAGUUACUUUCUCAAUUCUAGGUCAUAUGGCGUACAACCAGGGAGUUGAUGUAAAAAGUGUUGUGAACUCUGGUCCUGGCCUGGUGUAUAUCACCUACCCGGAGGUUGUCCUCAAGCUCCCUGGAGGAUCCGUCUGGGCGAUCAUAUUCUUCUUCAUGCUUGUGACUAUUGGAAUUGACAGUGAGUUCUGCUUGGUUGAGUCCCUUGUCACUGGUAUUGUCGACAUGUGGCCGGAAAAACUCAGGCCAAUCAGACGACAGUUUACAGCAGGUCUUGUCAUAUUUCUAUUUCUGCUUGGACUUCCAAUGGUAACAAACGGAGGAGCGUACAUCUUUCAGUUGAUGGAUUUCUAUGGGGCCAGUGGUAUACCAAUACUGUGGUGCUGUUUCUUCCAGAANAUUGCAAUUGGAUGGAUCUUUGGAACACAGAGGUUUGCAGGAGCAGUAGAGCAGAUGACCGGAUACAGGCCAAACAGAUACUGGACUUUAAGCUGGGGAGCUGUGGCACCUCUGGUCAUGGCGGUCAUUUUCAUCUUCUACGUGGUUCAGUUUGAACCAGUCAAAUAUGGAACUGUAGAAUACCCUGAAUGGGCACAUGUUAUAGGGUUUAUGAUGUCAUUCUCUUCCAUGCUUUGGAUUCCAGGGUAUGCACUCUACUACUUGUGGAAGGGUGAGGGAACCCUAGCAGAGAAACUGAAUCGUGGCAUUACCCCGGAUAUAAAAAGUCAACGUUACAAGCUAGAGAGCAAAGCGAGUCAACUUCAUUUAAUGAAUGCAGAAAGCUCUGCUAAAUUGAUUAAGAAUCAGUCCUUUUUGGCGCCCAAUCCUGAGUGAAGAAGCA